AUGAGUGCUGUUACCAGGCGAUUGUACGUUGGAAACGUAUUUCAAGAUACGGAUGUGUGUCUUGAGGAGUUAUACAAUCGUUUUGCGAAGUUUGGGCGAUGCCUGAGUGAGGAUUUCGAGAAACAUGGUACUUUUGCAUAUAUAAACAUGGAAUUCGAUGAUGAAGCACAAUUUCACAGAUUGAGAAACAGUUUCAACAAUGUUAAGUUUAAAGGGAACGAAUUGAGGGUGAAUGUUGCCAAACCUGACUGGAAGACAGCUUGGGAAAUAAAACAUAAGCAGGAUGAAGAACAGCGCCAAACUUUGAAUGCUGUGACUGAAAAGAGAAAUUGGGAGCACUUCAAGAAGAUCGAAAAUAUCGAGAUGUCUUGGGAGGAUAGGAAGAAUGUGAUCCCAGGUCGUGUAAGGAAAUCACCAAGGUCCAAAGUACAGAUGCGAAACAUAACGUUCAGGCUUAACGUGAAUGGAUCACUUAAGGUUUACAAAUGCUAUAAGACGAAGCUCUGGGGUUAUGAGAGAGAGAAGGAUGUAAAGGACUUGGUGAGUAAAUUUGUGAACAACAAAUGGCGUAACGGCGAGGACCAUAUUGUCGAUAGACUGGACUACAGCAGAGCAAAGAGGUCAGUUGGGUCAAUGGUCGAGGAUGAUUCUCCUGAGCAACACGAAGAUGCUGAGGUGAUAGAUGAGAAGGAGGAGAUGAAUAAAGUAAAGAAUGUCUUGGCUGGCGUCCUGGAUGAAUUUGAAUUCGACAAGCCACUACAAUUGAGCGAUGAUGAGGGCAAUGAAAUUCCAUUAUACCAGAAAAGCAAAAUACAAGAUGUUAAUGCAGAUGCCGAUGAGGAGUCUAUGCUGCCGAAUAACAAGGAACCGGAUCAAGCUAACGAAGAUGAUGAGGAACAAGAGGAAGAAGACGAAGCCGAAGACGAAGACGAAGACGAACCUAUCCCCACAUUCACCAACGGCCCCAGCGCAGAAACACCUCCUAACGAUGGCACUGUGAGUAACACUGGGACCUUGAGAAGUCUUUUUAACCCAGAAGGCACUGAACCUACGAGCUCUUUCAAGCUGAUCGCCGAGUCGGAUGAAGAUAUAGACCACCAGAUGGACGAAGAAGUCGAACAAGUGACUGUGACAACACAAGAGAUUCAACAGAUGGAAAGACCUGUGCAAAAUAAAGAGAAGCAUCAUCUAUUCUUUCCUCAUUUUGACUCGCCAUUUAUGGUGGGCCAGACAAUGCUGAGUAAGUUAAAGACUAGUGAUGUCAUGGAGAAGCUAACCGACUGGGAGGACAGAUUCUGGGAAAAUAGAGGUGAUUGGACCAAAGAAUUGAAGCGUAGGCGCAGGGAUGCUCUACGGCAUUUGAAUAAGCGGAAAGCCGGCAAAGGCAGUGGAUUAUUACUAUAG